AUGAAAUACGCAGGCUAUAUCUUAGCUCUGCAGCUUUGUGUCAUGUUGAGCUCAUCUUCUUCCUGCAUGGUUGGAAUUAUAAAAGAGAUUGAUAAACUAAAGGAAUAUUUUAAUGCAACCAGUUCCAGUGUGGCAAGUGGAGGCACCCUCUUCUUAGAUACUAUGAAGAAAUGGAAAGAGGAGAGCGACAAAAUAAUUCAGAGCCAAGUCAUCUCCUUCUACUUCAAACUCUUCGAAAGUGUUCAAGAUAACCAGAUUCAAAGCGCUUUAAACAGUGUCAAGGAAGAGUUGGUAGUUAAGUUCUUUAAUGGCAACCUCAGCAAAAGAGAAGACUUUGAGAAGCUGGCUAACAUUUCAAUGAAUGAUGGGAUGGUCCAGCGCCGAGCUAUAAGUGAACUUGACAAUGUAAUUCAUAGCCUGUUGCCAUGCCAAAGGAAGCGGAAAAGAAGUCAGACUCAGUUUCGGGGCCGAAGAAAUAAUGAGUAUUCAGUGAGUAGUGGUAGGAGCGGAGGAAACCAAGGAGAAAAGAGUGAGGGAUAUGUUGUGAGUCUGAAACUUGCCAUGAUCACUAAUUUGAACAAGGAUAUUGAAUACAAUGAAGUCCCCUUCCUUUAUAUCCUGAACAAUAUAACCCAAAAACAGUUGAGUGCAUUUGACUUUUCAUUGCCCACUAAUGGGGAGUCAAAUUCUGAGCAAGCUUUUGAAGGCCUCCUGCUUUCUUCAUUUUGUGGCCUCUUCUUCCUUCUUCAUAGUCAGCAGUGUACCAUCUUCUAA